AUGGUCUCUGAAGCUCAAGGAACCCCAAACUUUGGGCGGCGAUAUGCCAUUCUAAACUUGGACUGGAUGGCUCUCCUUCUGAGUGCUAUUGAAGGUACGCCUGAAGGUCAAUCAUUGAUCGAAAACUACAAAAAAUGGAAUGAAGCCGUCCACAAAAAGUCCUCUCAGCCUUUGACUAUUUUCACGACUCUCGCUUUUGCCCACGGCCAACCGGAGGUAAAACGUGGAAAGCCUUUUUCAAAGCUCAUUGCUCCUUUUGGAGAUUUCAAGGCGGGUACUCCUGAAACCGAAAUCGACACUCGCUUCACCGUGAAUGAGCAGGAUAUUGUACUUGCAAAGACACGAUGCUCUGCGACCUCAGGUAGUGCCCUGGAACAAAUCUUGAAAGCGCAGAAUAUUGACACAGUCGUAAUUUCGGGUCUGUCGCUUUCUGGUGUGAUCAUGAGUACAGUCUACCAUCUCUUUGACCUUGACUACAAUAUUUACGUGAUCGAAGACAAUGUGCUGGAACUUCCUCCAAGCGAUACAGCCGAAUUCAAAGCACUCUUUGUUCAAAAGAUUCUUCCCAGAAUGAAUCUGCAAGUGAUAUCGCUUGAGACUGCAUUGCGGGCCCUUGAGCAAAGUUCUUAG